AUCUAUAUAUAUUAUAGUGUGUGUUUCAUCAUUCCAGUUGCCAAAAUACAAUCAAAUCCUCACUUUAUAUUAUUUACUAUUCCAAUCUCACAGCCAUUAUGACAGACCCUUACUCCAAUCUCUUCCCCGGAGGGGGCUUCAACUUCGUACCUCUAAAUCCCCACUACGCUACUCGUUUCAGUACUACAGCACCUCCUCCUCCUCCUCCUCAUCCAACCCAUUCUUCCCAACCUCACACCAACAACAACAUAAUCUUCAACACAUAUUCCAGUAUCGAAGCUCAAACGCCUCAUCCUUGGCCAGCUCCACCCCAACAAGCACUUCCUCUAAUCAAUUAUCUAAGUCCUACAAGGCAAGAAGAGAAUGAACCCUCGAGCAGUUUCAUGGAAGGUGAUAAGGGCAUGAACAAAGAGGCUGCAGCUGCUGCUGCUGCUGAUGAGGAGGCUGAAACUGUAACCCUACACAUAGGCCUUCCUAUCCCUAUUUCCGAUCUGGGGUUUGGGGGGCUCUCCCCAUCUGCACAUGUGACAGACAGAUUAGGAGGGAAUGGGAGUGCAGUUCCUGGGUAUCCUUUAACCAAGGGACAGUAUUGGAUCCCUACCCCUACUCAGAUUCUCGUUGGUCCUACACAGUUUUCAUGUCAUGUCUGCUGCAAAACCUUUAACAGAUACAAUAACCUGCAGAUGCAUAUGUGGGGGCAUGGGUCACAGUACAGAAAAGGACCAGACUCCCUAAGAGGAAGCCAACCAACAGCCAUGCUAAGGCUCCCAUGUUAUUGCUGUGCACCGGGUUGCAAGCACAACAUCGAGCACCCAAGAGCAAGGCCUCUCAAAGAUUUCAGAACUCUCCAAACUCAUUACAAAAGGAAACAUGGUGUUAAGCCCUUCACCUGUAGGAAAUGUGACAAGGCAUUUGCAGUGAAAGGAGACUGGAGAACCCAUGAGAAGAACUGUGGGAAGAUUUGGUAUUGCAUUUGUGGGUCUGAUUUCAAGCACAAGAGGUCUUUGAAAGACCAUAUCAAAGCCUUUGGCCCCGGUCAUGCUGCUGUUGGCAUUGAUUGUUUAGAUGAAGAUGAAGAACCCGGGUCGGAAUUUGAGCUUGAAUAUGAGUCGCCAAUCUAGCCCUUCCUUACUUUGUUACUUAAAACUUUUUUUUAGAUCAAAUUGUUUUUGCUUCCAUUUUCUUAGCACCCUCUUUUUCAAAUAUUGAAACAUUACGAGCCAUGACAAUGGCGAGCUGUUUGUGCAUAUACGCAUACAUUUUUUAAAAUGUAAUUUUCCUUUUAUCUAUGUAUUUAUAUUAUUGCUGAAGCCAGUGUUUGUUUAUGUUGUUUGGUUUGACUUAGCAUUUGCAAGUAACACAGAUGUUGUUUAUCAUUUUCUAAACCAAUAUAAGAUUUGUGUAGUGUGUGUAUUUUUAA